GUUUCAUUUUCAUUUUGUUUGAUGAGCUGCAUACACUUACUGACACUGCAGAUUUUCAGAUUGGCAGGAGCAAAUCCCAGGAUGUUUGUGAAAGUACUAAUUAUGCAUUUGCAGUACCGAUGGCGAAAUUACAGUACAGUAUUUCUUCUCUUUGGAAUAUGAAAUCGUCUUAGGAUUAAUUAAACAGAAAUGUGAUCAAUUUCACAUAUCAUCUAAUUAUGGAGAAAAGAGACAUAGAAGAAAACAGUGAAGAUAUGGUUUAUAUAUUAAGCCUCCUUAAAAAUGUUAAGUCCCCAAAUAGAUUUACUGAUGAAAAACUCAAAGGAGAUACAGAGGGAUGUUUAACUACAAGCUCCAAUACCUCAGCUGGGAUGGAAUUUAAUGAUGAUUCAAAUACAAAUGACAACAAUUCCCAUUCAUCAGGCGGUGACUUUGCUGAAGAGCAAAUGGUGGACAAUUUCAAUAAAGUCAAGACAGGGCACAAGCUAGAUGAUUACAUUCUAAGCAUCCUGAAAAGUGAGAAUUGCAAGAAAAAUUUUUAUUUUGAAAAUGAUACAGAUGUGAAUCCUUCUCUUCAAAGCUCUAAUACCAUAAAAGUGUCAGCUAAUUGUGAAACGGAUACAGAUGUAAGUAAAGGAAACCAGGACUCAUCAGAGGCAUCAGGUAUUCUUUACGAGCAUUGCUUCCCUAGUCAUGAACUGGAUGAGGUAUUGCAGGUUGCACUAAAAAUUGUUAAACCAUCAAAAACACAUACAGCAAAGGUACCAAGUUCUGAAAAGGGAAAGUCAGCAAAGAUAACUGCUAGUGAUAAGCUAAAUAGCAAAUCAGCAUCAAAGUACAUUUGUUCUGUUUGUAAAUUUGCUUUUAAUUCAGAGGAUAACAAAAACAGGCACAUGUCAAAUGAGCAUAUUAAGAGGAUAUCCAAAAGAAAUCCUUGGAAACUGAGAAAGAACACAAGUCAAUCACAUAAGCUUACUGUAGACUGGAAACUGAGAAAGAACACAAAUCAAUCACAUAAGCUUACUGUAGACAUUUGUAAGACAGCUGAUAUACAUGCAUAUUCAAAUGUCAAUAUAGACCACAAGAUGAGAAAAGAAUUGAGGAAAGGUAGCUGGAAAGAUACAUGCACAUCAGUGAAGGUGAAUGGAUUGUCAUUUGAAAAAGACACAGGAUAUUCAGGUCAUACGAGCAGUAUUAGUGACGUAGAAGGCUUGACUGACAGUGAAAGUACAAGUGGAUCAUUUCCUUGCAGAGUUGAAAUAUCAGACAUUAUCAGAAACAGUGAUCUUGGACAGUGCUGCAGGACUAAAACAUUCUCUGAGCACAUGACGUUAUUAAAUAAGAACUGGAAGAAAGGUGAGGAAAACUAUCAGUGCGAAGAAAUUGUAAAUCAAUCCAACACGAACAAUUUGGUAUGUCAUGAAUCAGAUGGCAAUACCAACAACAAAAGUGGAUUUUCACAUAAUAAUUUGAAUUCCUUUUCAUCUGAAGACUCCUGUCCUCAUUCUGGAAAUAGCAAUAUAUCAUUGUCUUCUUCCUCAGCUUCAUUAUCAGCAGCAGCAGGAAAAAUAACUCUUCAACCAACUCUGUCACCAUGUAAUGCCCACUUAUCAUCAUUUGAACCAGCAUUACCUCCACAACUGCCAGCCUCCUCAGUACAUGUACCAAGUUCUUUUUUGAGGGAGAAACACUGGAUAAUUAAUGAUACAUCAAACAAAUUUGAAGGACCCCAUUCCAUUGAUGAAAAGAAGCAACAAGGCAUUUUGAUAAAGAGCGAGGAUUUAGUUGGAAUUAGAUCCAUAGACAAAUCCCACAAAACUUCAUCAUUAACUCAGUUUUGGGUGACAUUUUCAGAUGGUUCAAAUAGUUCACUUGAAAAUGUUUCAAGUCUGAACAGAAAAUGUUCAAUGGGUAGCAGUAAUAUCUAUGUAAAAAAUUGUCAGGUUUCAAUACAUAGUAGUGCCUCUAAGGAGUCCGAGUGGUUUCCUAAUAAUGCAACUACCACAAAAGGACAAGGAUCUGAGAACGUUGGACAAGAAUGGAAAUCUACCUGUGCCAGACAUAUGACUAUUUUGGAUUAUCUUUCCAACUAUGAUUCAUUUAAAUUGUUGACUUUCAAGAAUAAGAGUUCAUUACCCAUGGAACCAAGUGAGUCUGAAAUGUACUCACAAAACCUGAAUUCCACUAAGGAAAAGAAAGAUAUUUCUGAUUCUCAUUUACGAGAUUUAAUUCUGUCACCUCCAAAGAAACGCUGGAAAAGUUAUAUUAGUCAGGAUUAAGAUGCUGUUUUUAACUUUGCAUUUUUAUGUGCGUAUAAGACAGCAGAAUUGUUUUAUUGAACAUGCUGAUACCAACUGAUUAUUUAAAAAUUUGUCACCUGUGGAGCAAUGCAGCACAUAGGGGUCACCAGUACUUUAACCAUCAUCUCUGUCUGUCAAUCUCCAUUCUGUCACAACAUAGAACUUUGUUAAUUUAUGUGUAUUUCUUACUAGAAUAAAAAUCACAAGUCCAAUACCAUUGGAAUUCUCCUUCAUCACCAAGUCACGUGGGUAUCAUGUGGGAUAUGCAAGCACACUCUCAGUUCAAUUGCAUGUUUAUUCCCAGAUUGAGUAUAUGUGAAUUUAAUUGAGAGUGAUUAUUAUUGUUUCUUUUUCUUUCAUGAUUUGAGAUAUAUUUUAACUGUCAGUGUUACAAAAUCUUUCUGAUGAGUGUGGACUUACUGAUUUUGACAAAUCCAAUGUUGUUUCAAAUAAUGAAGAUGCACAUGUACAUGCAUCUUCGCUAGCCAAGGGUGACGAUCCACAGUGUUUCUCUAUUCACAGAAAAACACAGUGGAUCGUCACCCUUGGCUAACGAAGAUGAUGUACAUGAAUCUAACAACUUUGAAAGUUCUCCCACUAAUAAAAAGCCAAGUCAUUUAGAAUUGCUUUGCAUUUUACUAUAGAUAUUCCCAUAUUGAGUUGAAUACUGAUCUAGGAGUGGGCUUAUAGUUGCAUACCUUGCAUAAUACCCAACAUUCUUUGGUGCUUAGGAGAAUUACAAUUAUUAAAACACUCCUUUAUUUUCCUUAUACAUGGAACAGUUAAACAGAAAUCAAUCAAACACCAGAGCAUUUCUGGUGGCGUUGGAUUUCUGAUUUUUAUUGGAGAUUUUGGGGCAUAUGUAGUUUUUGGUCUGUCUGUCUGCAAAAACAUUAAACUUUGUCAAAACUAUUGAAUGCUUAGUGCUAGGGCUUUCAUAAGAGCUUUUGGUACUGACAUUUUUUACCUAGCUCAUGACCUUCACCUUGGAGUUUGACCUUCUUUUGAUAAACGUUAAACUGUCUUGGCCAUAACUUUUGAAUGCUUAGUGCUAGGGCUUUCAUAUACCUUUCUUUUGGUACCAGAAUUACUUUGCUGCCAUACGUGAGCAUUAGUGUUUCACAAACAUAUCUUGUUUUUACACAGCUCAUACGGUAUGUACGAAGUCUGUCGACAUCACUAGAAAUGCAUCUUAAUUCAUACUGCACUACAUUGGAUCCAAUCUAUUUAUUUAUCCAUUAAUUUGAUAUGUACCAUGAUUAAUCUUGUCAGAUGAUGCAUUUAUUAAACAUCCUAAAGUGAUAUUUUAACACUUUGUUCUAUAGGGAACAUUAAUAUCUUGAGUAAAUAAAUUUAGUCCAUGUGAAAUCGUCUGAGUCUGAACUAUGGGUGAAAGAGGAGAAUCAUAUAUUUUGUACGAUUGCAUUCUUUUUAUAUGCCUAUCUUUAGACAGGGCGUUUUAUGGUACAGAGAUGUCUGUACGUCCGUCCGUCUGGGGUUUUCUGUUUCUAACUUCAUUUCUCUGUCAUUAGCUAAAUCAAUAAAAUCAUGCUAUGUA